CUCGCCCAAGGAUCGUUGGAUUCGAAUGAACACAGCUUCAUGUACAAGACAAAUUAGUUAUUUUUAGGGAAAUGGCUGGCUGGAUCACUUUUCCAUUGAAGCGAUCCGAUGGUGUUGAUUAUAAAAAGCCAUUGGAAAAAUUUAUCAAGAACACAUUCUCUGCUGAGACGGCGGAAGAGAAUGAAGACGCCAUUUCUGAGCUUUCGAAGUUGAGAAACACUGUUGUAAUGCAGACUUUGGAUAAACAUGAAUCUGCUUUGGAGCCAAUGCUCAGGUACUAUGAUCAACUGGAGGCAAUGGAGGGUAAACUUCCUGUUUCAGAAUCACAGAUAAGAAUCUCAUAUACUUGGUAUGAUGCAUUUGACAAAGGAUCCUUGUUUGGUUAUCGCAAAAGUUCAAUGUCAAGUCUGCAGUAUGAGCGACUAUGUGUAUUGUUCAAUAUCGGAGUUUUACAAGGACAAAUUGCAGCAGCUCAGAACUUCCAAACAGAUGAAGGAUUAAAAACUGCAGCAAAAAUGUUCCAGUCAGCCAGCGGAGCCUUUCAACAAUUAAAGGAUGCGGUGUUUCCCCAGCUAAAUCAGGUACCAACACCUGACCUAUCUGUGGAGAUGUUGACAUUUUGUGGUGCUGUAAUGUUAGCUCAAGGCCAGGAAAGUAUCUGGAACAAAACUGAGCAAGAUAAAAUGAAGGAUGCCGUGAUCGCUAAGGUUGCUGCACAGGCAGCAGACUUUUACAAGAGUGCACUUAGUUCUGCUCAAAUACAGUCAGUGAAACAAAUGCUGGAGAAGGAGUGGAUUUCUAUUCUAUCGGCUAAAUCGGAAUUUUUUAAAGCUAUAGCAGAGUAUCACAUGGCUCGAGUGGCCAAAGACAAAGCAGCUUAUGGAGAGGGAGUAACAAGAUUUAAGCAAGCUGAACAACAAAUGGCAAAUGCUGUAAAACAGAGCAUGGGACUUGUCGACUUCAAGACGUGGGAAGGAAGGAUCAAGCGAGAGGCCACCGAGCUUAAGAAAGACAACGAGUUCAUAUAUCACGAGAGAAUGCCCGACAUAGAUUCCUUAGGGCCCAUUGGUCGUGCUGCUCUCGCCAAGUCCUUACCGCUGUCCAAACCGGCCUCAUCCAAGUUUACAGACUUGUUUUCCAAGUUGGUGCCCAUGGCUGUCCAUAAUGCACUUCAAGCGUAUGAAUCUCGCAAAGGGGAAAUCGUCAAUUUUGAAGUUGGCCGACUUCGCGAAGGAACGCAAUUAAUGAACAGUGUUCUUGCGUCGCUGAACUUACCGGCAGCCAUAGAAGACUUGUCAGGACAGACAAUUCCCAAGUCGGUGUUGGACAAAUCAGCAGCAGUGAACGAAAAGGGAGGUUUGAAUGCCAUCGAUAAGUUGAUGCAGGAUUUGCCAGAACUUCUCGAGAGAAAUAGAGAGAUCCUGGACGAGGCAACGCGAAUGAUGGACGAGGAGGAACGUCAAGACACACAAAUGAGAGAACGCUUCACGACUAAAUGGACUCCAAAACCGUCCGCUGAACUCACAAUGCAGUUGAGACAGGAAGCUGACAAAUAUCGCGGCAUUUUGGAAAAUGCAGUGCGAGCUGACGCUAUUGUUAGAGAGAAAUACAAUAAUCAUCGACGGAACAUGGAUCUGCUAAGUAAAGGAGAGGCGCAGUUGGCAGCAGCCAUACCUAAAGUUGGAGCUGCUUCAUCCUCUUCAGCUUCAAGCCCGGCUGUGAAAGAACUGAGGAAACUAAUGGAGCAAGUAGACACUAUCAAAGCCGAGAGGGAUGCUAUAGAACAGGACCUGAAAGUACAGCAGGACGAUAUGGCUGUGAAGUUCCUGAGCGCCCUUGCUGCUGAUGGUACAAUACCGGAUGUCGAGGCUAUCAUCAGUUCCAAUCUGAGUGCAGGCUUUGAUUCAGUGAAGGAAAGUGUUUCUGAGAGUAUUGCGAGACAGGAGAAGAUUCUGGCUGCAGUACAGGCUGCUAAUGAUAAGUUUGUGAAAGAAAAGCAGUCUGGACAGGCAGCCUCUGAACGGGAAACUGUGCUGAAGGAUCUGGCGACAGCUUAUGACAUUUACAUGGAGUUAAUUGGUAAUCUACAAGAAGGAACAAAGUUUUACAAUGAUUUUACGCCGAUAUUGGUGCGUUACCAACAGAAAUCCAGUGAUCUUGUGUUCGCUCGAAAAACAGAGCGUGAAGAGUUGUCCAGAGACCUCCAGAAGACAAUAGCAAACCAACCGGCGGAACCAACACCUCAAGCGCCACCACAUCAUCAACCUUCAGGUGCGCGGGUGCCUCCUGGCCGCCCUCCACCCCCAUCAGCCCAGCCACAGCAGCAGCAGCAACCUCCGUCUGCCCCAUCUCCAGGCGCGCCUCCGAUGGCUCCUCCACCAGGAGCUCCCCAACAGUACCCCCCUCAGCAAUAUCAACCUAUGCCUCCCCCCGGAUACAUGCCCUAUCAGUACGGAGGGUACCCCGGAUAUGCACCUCCGCUACCACCUGGUUACUACAACUACGGUGGUUAUGGAAUGCCGCAGGGAUACCCCCCUCAGGGACAGCAACCUCCCCCGGGAGGUUACCCACGGCAAUAGAUCAUGUGAAUUGUAUUAUUUCUUAAGAUUUAAGUUAAUUGUCGAUUAGUCUAGAAUCUUCUCUUUCUGUCGACAGUCUGCCCCGAUAGAGACCUAACUCUUGUGGGAGGGGGGUAUAUUUAAGAUUCAGUACUAGUCCGGUAGGUAGAUUUAAAACUAUCAUUACAAUGUAGGCAUAAUUUCUAAUUAACGUUUUGAGGAAAGUUUAUCAACAGCAGGCACAACUAUGUAUUCACCCACGGAUGUAAAAUCACGGCUAAAAAUCUCGGUUGUAAAAUCACGGAUGUAAAUUCACAGAUAUAAAAUCACGGAUUCCAAAUAUUUUACAAACUCUUAAUGGAAUCCAUGUACUUUAAAAUUUCCAGAAAUGGCAGACUGAUCAAGAAGAGAAUUCGUCUUUGUUAGCCAAGAUAAACCUGGUUUAUUGCCAGAGCUUGAAUUUUCUUGAUGGAGUCAGGCUGCAAGAUUAAGAACGCAAGAUCGAUUAAAACGUAUACAACUGAAGAUGUCCCAUUUAUAGAAAAAAUACAGAAUUCUGGAGGUUUUCCCUGGUCACAGCCAUCACUUAUCCUUGUCUGUUGAACGGGCGGGGUAACGGGUUGAAGUUUUAGAAUUUAUUUGACAGUGAGAUUGUUUGAUUCGUUCCUUUUCUUUUUUGGCCGAUAUUUCGGUAACAUAAACAAUGUAGCUUAUCUAUUUGGACUUUUCCUUUGUUGUUCGCUAGAAAAUAAAAAUUCCUAAUGCAUAAGAAAUCAAGAAAGCA